CAAUAAAAGUAUCGUGUAGUUCUGAAAAGCGACAACAUAGAUAGCGUCCCGUUCAUCUAUGCUGCGGCGGGAAUUCACCUGGCCUGACGUCACUGCUUGGCUCGUCCCACCUCUUGAGCCGUACUGCACUCGCCUCUGCUCGACUGUAGUGCCAGAGGGGGAGAGAGGGGGAGAGAGAGAGAGAGAGAGAGAGAGAGCGAAAGAGCGAGAGAAAGACAGCCAUACACACACACACACACACCCCGAUACUACGGUGAAGAUAAAGACACCCCGAAGCCGUCCGCUGUAAACAGCGUCAGUGCCACUUAUUCCUGGUUUCUCCACGGGAAGCUCGCGCCAUGGCUCCAUUCUUGCGGAUAGCUGUCAACACGUUUGACCUAGGGGCGCUGCCCCCACUGGACGGCACGCCCAUCUGUGGCAUCAAGAUGAAGGAGUCUGUCAACACAGAGCGAGGAAAGACCCUGCUCCAGAGGAAACCCACCAUGUACCCGGUCUGGAAGGCCUCGUUCGACGCUCACAUCAACGAGGGCCGAGUCCUCCAUGUUCUCCUCAUGAGGUCGGCGGAGGAGCCCCUGUCCGAGGCCACGGUGAGCCUGUCCGUCCUGGCCGAGCGCUGCAAGAAGGGCAAGAACAACUGCUGCACCGACUUCUGGAUGGACCUGCAGCCCUCUGGCAAGAUCCUGAUGUCGGUGCAGUUUUUCCUGGAAGACACGGACACGGUUUCAUGUAAGUCGUCGGUGAGGGUCAUCGCGGAGGACGGGCUGACCACCCUGACCCGGCGCCGGGGGGCCGUCAAGCAGCCCAAGGUCCACCUCAUCAAGAACCACGAGUUCAGCGCCAUCUUCUUCGGCCAGCCCACCUUCUGCUCCGUCUGCAAGGAGUUCAUCUGGGGUCUCAAUAAGCAGGGGUACAAGUGUAGACAGUGCAAUGCAGCGAUACACAAGAGAUGCAUUGAGAAGAUCAUCGGCAGGUGUACUGGAACCGCCGCCAACAGCCGGGAUACAAUGUUCCAGAAGGAGCGCUUUAAGAUUGACAUGCCCCAUCGCCUGAAGUACCACAACUACAGGGGCCCUACCUUCUGUGACCAUUGCGGCAGCCUACUCUGGGGCCUCUUCAAGCAGGGCCUCAAAUGUGAAGACUGCUCCAUGAACGUCCACAGCUACUGCCAGGGCAAGGUGGCCAACCUGUGUGGCAUCAACCAGAAGCUCCUGGCCGAGGCGCUCUCCUACAUCAGCCUGAAACCCGCCAAGAAGCCGGACGAUGGGCCUGACUCUGCAGUAGGGAUUUACCAAGACUUUAAGAGCGCAGAAGUGGACCCUAGUGAAGAGGUAACCGCAAAGCAGGACUCCGGUGCGGCGUUGGCCCGACGCCUGACAUUCAACCAGCUUGUGUUCCACAAGGUGCUGGGCAAAGGCAGCUUCGGCAAGGUGCUGCUGGCUGAGCUGAAGGGUCAGGGGGAGUACUUUGCGGUGAAGGCCCUGAAGAAGGACGUGGUCAUGAUGGAUGACGACAUAGAGUGCACCAUGGUGGAGAAGAGAGUCCUCUCCCUGGCUUGGGAUAACCCCUUCCUCACGCACCUCUACUCCACCUUCCAGACCAAAGAACAUUUGUUCUUUGUAAUGGAGUACCUGAAUGGCGGAGACCUGAUGUUCCACAUCCAGGACAAGGGCCGCUUCGAUGUCAACAGAGCCACGUUCUAUGGCGCUGAGAUCAUAGUGGGACUGCAGUUCCUUCACUCCAAAUGCAUCAUCUACAGGGACCUAAAGCUGGACAAUGUGAUGCUGGACAAGGAUGGACACAUCAAGAUUGCAGACUUUGGGAUGUGCAAGGAGAAUGUGUGUGGAGAGAACAAAGCCACCACUUUCUGCGGAACACCAGAUUACAUCGCACCAGAGAUCCUGUUGGGGCAGAAGUACACCUUCUCGGUGGACUGGUGGUCCUUUGGCGUGCUGGUGUACGAGAUGCUGAUUGGCCAGUCGCCGUUCCAAGGGGAUGACGAGGACCAGCUGUUCGAGUCCAUCCGAAUGGAAACCCCGCACUACCCACGCUGGAUCACCAAGGAGUCCAAGGACCUCAUGGAGAAGUUGUUUGAACGAGACGUCAGUCAAAGGCUGGGCGUGGUUGGGAACGUUCGGCUGCACAGCUUCUUCAAGUCGAUAAACUGGCCUGCUCUGGAGCGGAGAGAGGUGAAGCCCCCAUUCAAGCCCAAAGUGAAAGGCCCAAACGACUGCAGCAACUUUGACAGGGAGUUCCUGAACGAGAAGCCACGCUUCUCCCACGCUGACAAGAACCUCAUCGACACCAUCGACCAGGCAGCGUUCGCUGGCUUCUCCUUUAUCAAUCCCAAACUGGAACGCAUGAUGGCGAAAUGAAGAGCCAAAAUGGCUCUGCUGAAAACAUUGGUUCUAUCCAUGCAUACUACUGGUACGCCUUAUCGUUCAACUAAAGAAAAAAAAUCUUUCCAGGCUCUCCUGAAGAGUGUGACUUAAAAAAAGGAGAAAUGGCAUGAUAUUGGCUUGUAAUUGAUGUAGCCCACACCAGACUCUGAAUCAUAGAUGAGGAACCUGAAGGAAAGUCUGUUGAAUGGCUUAAACCUGUACAGAAUACUGCUACAGUAUAUCAAUCAAUGCUGGUCUAUACAUCAGGGAUUUUCUCUAUUCUAUUCACUGGUCUCUUAAGCUUAAGAUCACACAUAUAUUAUGUCUCGAAUGUAUCUGUAACUAUGGGUAACAUUUUAACCUUCAGCGUAAGGAUUGUGACUUUGUGUUCUGACAUUGCAUUUGAUCCAUAUAACGUGUGUACACACACUAGUCCACACUGCUGAGGAAAGUGUUGCAGUGUUUUUGCUGUAACCCAGUGCGUACAUCUGGGCUCUGUCUGUUUUACCUGGUUAGGCCGCGUGCUCAAUGUCUGCGUCUUCAGAGUUAAACUGUCCAGUGGGGCUGGCCAGGAUCAACGAUGACACCAAUAGGAAAAAAUGAGUUACACACAACACUUAAGACAUUCAGUACUACAUGUGUAUAUUUAUCUUCACAGUAGUACCGGUGUAUCUCUGUAUUAGGUAUGUUUCUUGGACGGGCUGGGGAUGACUACAAUGCUGCAUGCUGCCACUGGAGGACGUGUUGCUGGUGUCGGUUACUGCAUUGUACUUCUUACUAAAGGGGUUCAAGGGCAAGACGAAAUGUUGUGGGUUCCCAGAUGUGAUUUGGGACAGUAGCAGAAAUACUGGAGAGAGUUGUACCACUAUAGCCCUACGGUCUGAAGGAUAUAUUUGUGUGUGGGAGAGAGGAGUGUUUGAUCAUAUAUGUUUUAAAAAUGUAAUGUUACUUGAAUUUGCAUAAUUGAAGACGAAAAUAAGAAUACUGUAUAUUGACCUUUUAAUAACUAUUAUCUUGCACUGUUGGUGAAAUUUGGAUAUAGGCCUACUUUUUUCUACUCAUAUUUUACGUCGACAUAACUACAAAUAAAUGCAUAUCAAAAUCCAAA